AUGGAAUCAAAUUCACCUAACCCCAUCCCUUUCUCUGAGCCACCUUAUCUUCGUGGCCUUCCUUCUCCCUACAUCACGCCAGCCCACCGCCGUUUUCAACAAGCAUGCCGCAAAUUCGCGACGGAAAACCUACUUCAGCAUGCACUGGAAUGGGAACGUGAGGGAACAGUCCCUCUGCAUGUGUUUGACACAUUCUGUAAACAUAACAUGUUACUGCCAAACUUGCCGGCCCCCUUGCCCGUGGAAUGGCUAAAGCGCCUGGGGAUCAAUGACAUUCUGGGUGUCAAGGUUGAGGACUGGGACUACAUAUACACUGGAAUUUACUGUGAUGAGUUGGCCCGUUCUGGUCUGAGUGGUCCAGGUGGCUCUCUGAACGCUGGCUUUGCUUUUGGUAUUGCACCAAUCUACAAGUUUGGUAGUAUUGAGCUGCAAGAGCGAUUCUUGCCCGAGCUGCUCACAGGUAGGAAGCGAGGUUGCAUCGCCAUCACUGAGCCUGGGGCUGGUAGUGAUGUCGCCAAUAUCGCUACAACCGCUGUCAAGAGUGCCGAUGGACAGCACUAUAUCGUGAACGGAAGCAAGAAAUGGAUCACAAACGGCAUCUGGUCGGAUUACGCCACUAUGGCAGUUCGAACCGGUGGACCCGGAGCUCCAGGUCUCUCCGUAUUAGUUGUACCUCUCAAGGGCUACCCUGGUGUCACAAUGCGCCGACUGAAAGUCUCUGGUCAGGUCACCGGCGGAACCACGUACAUCGAGCUCGACGAUGUCAAAGUUCCGGUGUCGAACAUUAUCGGUAAGGAGGGUGAUGGCAUGCGUAUCAUUAUGACCAACUUCAACCACGAGAGACUCGUCAUCGCUGUUGGAGUCACUCGCCAGGCUCGUGUAGCUCUUUCUGCCGCUUUCGCCUACUGCCUCAAGCGCGAAGCCUUCGGGAAACCACUCAUGGACCAGCCUGUAGUCCGCCACCGUCUAGCCAAGGCAGGUGCGGAGCUUGAAUCCAUGUGGGCGUGGGUGGAACAGAUUUUGUACCAAUUGACUCACCUCAGCAAGGAAGAAAGUGAUCGUCAGCUUGGUGGCUUGACAGCAUUGGCCAAAGCAAAGUCUGCGAUGGUUUUAAAUGAAUGCGCGCAGACAGCCGUGCUCUUGUUUGGAGGCAAUGGAUUUACCAAAACUGGUCAGGGUGAACUGGUCGAAGCCAUUCUUCGCGAUGUUCCCGGCGCCCGUAUUCCCGGUGGGUCGGAGGAUGUGUUACUCGACCUGUCUGUACGUCAAUUGGUCAAGCUGUAUCAAUCUGAAGAGAAGAAGCUCUCACAAAGGUCCAAGAUUUGA